AUGUGCGUCUCCAACUCUCGUUUCUCGUCUUGCUUGCUUGACCGGAGCGUCCCCCUCCCCCUCCUCCCCGCCCCCCCAUCCAGCAAAUCCGAACGCAAUCGCGCGAAUGACUCGCAAGCAACCAAACCUCGCCCCCUACCUCAUCGCUUAAUCCUUCCCAUCCUCAUUUUGUCCGCUGACCACCCCCCUACUUUACCUACCCCUCCUCCCUGUCCACAUCUGAACCUAUCUAUGUCCCUGAUUCCCACUCCUCUUCCCCCCUCUCUCCAACUGACCCUGGGCCCCAUUCAUACAUCACACCACGUUUUCACAAACUCCGCCGUCUCGUCACUCCCACUCCCACCCCCAUCCUCUCUCUCCUAUAAAACAGUACGACACGCAACCCAUCUCCAGCAAUGCCCUCGACAACCCCCACAUAAUCACUCUAUCUUGUCAUUGCUUCAUAAUCAGACGUUGUCCCCUUUUCCCUUCCCUUCUGUCCCCGCCCACUCUCACACCUCCCCAUCCAUACGUCCUCCCUCCCUACAACUCUUUCCACUCCAACUCACCGCCUCACCUCCGAAGACACCCUCCAACACUCAUCUUUCCCUCCCGAUAAUUAAAAGUACCACCAAUACCAUCCCCGUCAUGUUGCAUCAGCCUCAACCACUUCAAGUGUUACCCCAUGCCCCCCUGGCCGACUCUCCCGCCUCGACGCUACCACAUUUGCAUCGUCUUCGCGUCCUCACGACCCCUGCUCUCCGCGAAACCAACAGUCUCACUAUUGCUACACCACCGAACCGCAGAACCCUCGCCGAAUGGUCCUAUGGCACCAAGACACCCUAUCUUCCCCCGAGGCUCAUUCAGCACAUCGUCACGUGUCCACGCUCCGACCAUCCCGCUGCCGCUGCCCGUCUCAUUCAUGUCUCGCUCAUUGCGAGGCAUGGCACUCGCAACCCAACGAAGACCUCGUUGCAGCGGAUGCUCUCUCUCUACUCUUGGCUUCGUGCGGCUCUCCCAUCCCCGCAGCCGUUGUGGCUGGACCGCUGGGAGCAGACUUUGAAGGUCUAUAGCCAGAACCCGGGCGAUUUGACCAUUCACGGCGAACACGAGCUCUGCAACAUUGGAAUGCGCUUUGCUCACAUCUACGGCCAGACACUGCAUGAGACAACGAACAAGUUCCGCAUCCGCUCUUCGUACAAGAACCGUGCCAUUCAAUCAGCAAAGGCCUUCCGCAUGGGAUACGUCCAAGCUUGCCAACAACUAGGCAUCCCACUGCCUGACACACAUGAAUUCGAACAGGAGUCCGACUCUGACUCCGAACCUGGCACGACAACACCCUCGGUUCAUUCCUGUCCCUCCACGUCCGCACUACCCCGUUCAAGCGAUGGGGAUGACCGUGUGGAGGUGCUUCCCAUUGGCCGCGACGCAAGUCUUCGCUACUUUGACCCUCAUCAUCACAAUGAGUACGCCACAUUCGCGACCCGGUACAAGACCGAGCAACGACAAAACUUCUCACAAAGUCUUGUUCGUCACAUCGCGGCAGAGAUGGCAAACCGUAUAUCGACAACGUUGGGAGCAACCAUCCCACUGGAACUGGAUCUUGUGCGCGUCAUCGGAGAAGUCUGUGCUUUUGAGACAGCACACGGCCGGGCUGGUACCAGUCCUUUCUUUCGCCUGCUCACCCCGGGAGAUACACGCGUCCUGGAACUUGCUGAUAUACGCAACCGUCCUUUCUUUAAGGCACAUGAGCGCUUUAGAGCUGCUGCCGCCCCGCUUGUCCAGGACAUUAUGGACUCGCUGACGGCAAGUGUACAACCAACUGAGACGCAAGCCUAUGCUGCAGACUUGCGAUUUGCCCAUGCAGAGACUCUGGUCCCUCUUCUUCUUCUUCUUGGAAUUGACACGAACGGGCUCUCGCCAUCUGAUCCGGACUUCUUCCGAGGUCUGAGCGCCAUGUCUCCUUUUGCUGCAAACCUCGCAAUUGAGCUGUACGAAGCGGAUAGCGACUCUAGACCUUCUCACUUCGUGCGCUUUCGUCUUCAUGAGCGUUACGUUGAGAAUAUCCCCGCUCUUGGGGAGCAUGGUCGCGAUGGGAUCGUAGAACUUGAUCGACUGCUGGAGUUUUUCAGAGAAGUUUUGGACGAAGGAAUGCAAAAUCAUGCGAACCACUUGUCCAUGUCGUCAAGGUUUAGAGUAUUUCGAAACAAAUUUGUAGGUCAUCACUGA